UAAUGAUUGAUUGGUCACCGAGGAACAGACCCAUGCCGGAGUGAUAUGCCUGCAGUCAUUACUAGGUAGAUCGUCAUAAGACAACAAGUCCUUCGUGAUACCUAUCAAAUGAUAGCACUUAUCUUCUAAAUAUUGGGCAUAAUAUGUGUGGAGAGGUAGUCCUCGGAGUUGAUAUACUCACCCUCCUCAUAGCUCGAGUAUGCUGAUCAGCCAGAAUGGAGUCCAUCCCACUCCACCCCAAGGGCUCAAUAGAGGACCCGAUGACUGACGACAGUGAUCCUCUCUUAGAUCAUUUUGACAUACCCCACCCACAUCAUCUUCAUAUUCGAACUGCGCACUGGCUUUGGGCAUUGCAUCUACUGUUUUUCCUCCUCUCUUUCUCCUUGCUAAUUUCAGCCUUGAGACUCAACCGAUCCUCUCCUACCGACCGUAAGUGUGCAGAACAGGUAUCAGCAUAUUCCCCUUUCACACACCUCGUAGAAUAUGAGGAUGUUCGCUUCCAAGGAAGCCUCUUCGACACAAACCCAUACAAAGGGGCCCCCAACCCACACCUGGACGCGGCAUGGGGCCACAUCACUCACAUGGCGCAACUUGAGAUCACAGCAGAGGACAUGUCCCGGCUCAACAAACCGCUGACCCAGGUGAAAGUGGCCGAAACCGAGGGCAACGGGUAUGCGGGUGGGAUCGAGGUGUUCCAUCAGCUCCACUGCGUCAAUCUAGUUCGACAGUACACGUACUACGACUACUACUCUCAGCUGGAGAACAGACCGGCAGAGUUCCACGAUUCGAAUGAGACGCUGCGACUGCAUGUAGACCACUGCAUUGACAUGUUGCGACAAGUGAUCCAAUGCAACGGCGAUGUCGGGGUCGUGACGAGGAGCUGGGUCAAGGGUCGCGCCCUCAGCUACCCGGACUUCAGCGUAUGGCAUAAGUGCCGGAAGCUGGAGCCCAUCGCGCAGUACUCGAAGGCACACGAGAUUGACACAGAACCUACCAAACUUGCAGAUUCUUUGGAGCUCUCUGAGCCGCCAUGCACGGAUGCUGCGCCUGAUCAAAUUUGCCCGUAGGACCGAAGAUUGUCAUCUUCACAGCAGAUCACUCUUAUUGAGCAAUGUUCUCCCUGUGGCCACCUCAAAACCGAGCAAAUCCAAGUAGCGAUCGUUGCAAUGGUAGAACAUCA